GCAGGCUCUCUCCCCAUCCGGGGCAGACAGGAAUGGCUGAGCUCGGGGUUUGCCGCCGCCCCCGCCGCCGCCGCCGCCGCCGCCGCCGCCCGCUUUCAGCUCCGGCCGCAGGACCUUAGCAUUGGAGUCUUUUCAUAGUCACCAAGACUGACCCAGCCAGAGUUCAUCAUGUCAAAGUUAAAAAGCUCAGAGUCAGUCAGGGUGGUGGUACGCUGUAGGCCCAUGAAUGGCAAGGAAAAGGCUGCUUCAUUUGACAAGGUGGUGGAUGUGGAUGUGAAGCUUGGGCAGGUGUCUGUGAAGAAUCCCAAAGGAGCAGCCCAUGAAAUGCCCAAGACCUUCACCUUUGAUGCAGUCUAUGACUGGAAUGCCAAGCAGUUUGAACUUUAUGAUGAAACGUUCCGACCGCUUGUGGACUCUGUCCUGCAGGGGUUCAAUGGGACAAUUUUUGCCUAUGGACAAACUGGGACUGGGAAAACCUACACGAUGGAAGGUGUCCGUGGUGACCCUGAAAAAAGAGGGGUCAUUCCUAACUCAUUUGACCAUAUCUUCACCCACAUCUCUCGAUCCCAGAAUCAACAAUACCUGGUCAGGGCUUCUUACUUAGAGAUCUACCAGGAGGAGAUCCGAGAUCUGCUCUCAAAGGAUCAGACCAAAAGACUUGAGCUCAAAGAGAGGCCUGAUACUGGAGUAUAUGUGAAAGACCUGUCUUCCUUUGUCACCAAGAGUGUGAAGGAGAUAGAGCAUGUGAUGAAUGUGGGGAACCAGAACCGUUCAGUUGGUGCCACCAACAUGAAUGAGCACAGUUCGCGUUCUCAUGCAAUCUUUGUUAUCACCAUCGAGUGCAGUGAGGUGGGUCUUGAUGGUGAAAACCAUAUCCGUGUAGGGAAAUUGAACCUUGUAGAUCUUGCUGGCAGUGAACGGCAAGCCAAGACUGGUGCUCAAGGGGAAAGAUUGAAGGAAGCAACCAAGAUCAACCUCUCCCUUUCAGCCUUGGGUAAUGUCAUCUCUGCCCUGGUGGAUGGCAAAAGCACUCACAUUCCAUAUCGGGACUCAAAGCUUACCAGGCUCCUCCAAGAUUCCCUCGGUGGCAAUGCAAAAACUGUGAUGGUGGCUAACGUGGGGCCUGCCUCUUACAAUGUAGAAGAGACUCUGACUACUCUAAGAUAUGCCAAUCGUGCCAAAAACAUUAAGAAUAAGCCAAGGGUCAAUGAGGACCCUAAGGAUGCCCUCCUUCGAGAAUUCCAGGAGGAGAUUGCCCGUCUCAAGGCCCAACUGGAAAAACGAUCCAUUGGCAGGAGGAAGAGGCGAGAGAAGCGGAGGGAAGGUGGUGGCAGUGGUGGGGGUGGGGAAGAGGAGGAGGAGGAGGGAGACGAGGGAGAGGAGGAAGGGGAUGAUAAGGAUGAUUACUGGCGGGAACAGCAAGAAAAACUGGAGAUUGAGAAGCAGGCCAUUGUAGAGGACCACAGCUUGGUUGCAGAGGAGAAGAUGAAGCUGCUGAAGGAGAAAGAGAGGAAGAUGGAGGAUCUGCGGCGAGAGAAGGAUGCUGCUGAGAUGCUGGGUGCCAAAAUCAAGGCCAUGGAGAGUAAGCUGCUUGUUGGAGGAAAAAAUAUAGUAGAUCAUACGAAUGAACAGCAGAAAAUCCUGGAGCAGAAACGGCAGGAAAUUGCAGAGCAGAAACGUCGAGAAAGAGAAAUCCAGCAACAGAUGGAAAGUCGAGAUGAGGAGACCUUGGAACUUAAAGAGACGUACAGCUCAUUGCAGCAAGAGGUGGACAUCAAGACCAAAAAACUAAAAAAGCUCUUCUCCAAGCUUCAGGCAGUGAAGGCCGAGAUCCAUGACCUUCAAGAAGAACAUAUCAAGGAGCGCCAAGAGUUAGAGCAAACUCAGAAUGAGCUCACCAGAGAACUAAAACUCAAGCAUCUUAUCAUAGAAAACUUUAUCCCGCUGGAAGAAAAAAGUAAAAUUAUGAAUAGAUCCUUCUUUGAUGAAGAGGAAGAUCAUUGGAAGUUACAUCCUAUAACCAGGCUGGACAACCAGCAGAUGAUGAAGAGGCCAGUCUCAGCUGUGGGAUACAAGAGACCGUUGAGCCAGCAUGCAAGAAUGUCCAUGAUGAUUCGUCCAGAGGCCCGAUAUAGGGCAGAAAACAUCGUACUCUUAGAGCUGGACAUGCCCAGCCGGACCACCAGAGAUUAUGAGGGUCCGGCCAUUGCCCCCAAAGUCCAGGCUGCAUUGGAUGCGGCUCUGCAGGAUGAAGAUGAGAUACAGGUGGAUGCAUCAUCCUUUGAAAGCACUGCUAAUAAGAAAUCCAAGGCCAGGCCUAAAAGUGGAAGGAAGUCGGGAUCUUCCUCGUCUUCCUCAGGAACCCCUGCAUCUCAGCUUUAUCCACAGUCUCGGGGACUGGUUCCAAAGUAAAGCCAGUUCCUCCUCUCCCAGGGUGUAAACAGCAUUUGCUUCUGAGAGAAGAGACAAGCAAAAACCUGCAGAGAGGACUUGACCCCAAACUCAGAAUUGUUCCCCUGAGGAGAAGCAAUGGCCUCUUUGCAGAUUAACCAACUUAAAUCUGGUUGAAACAUGCUGGUCCUAAUCUGGCAUUCAGCUCUUCUGGGAAACCUCUUUUAAUUAGCAUCUCAGAAAUGCAUGGGGUAAGGUCAAGUGCGAUAGUCGAAGUGGAAAGCAAGAGAAUGACCAGUGACCUUGCUUCCCUUCUCCCUUGUUACCUUCUCCUCUUCCUUCCCCUUUCCUCCUUUUCUCUCCCCUCCUUUUCCAGCUGUUCUUUACACUGGGUUCCCUUCUUGUUGAAAAUAGGGCAGAAUCAAGAGUUACCUUAGCAGGACCAAGUCUUUGGAAUGUCAGGAUAAAGUAACAGUGAGGUUGAAAGGUGUAAGCCCUAGAACUUGAAUGGGUGCUUGUUCUCGUAGGUGGAAAUGAGAAAUCUGUUUCAGAUUCAAGCCCCAGCCAGGCGUGGUCAGCAAGCUUGCUUCCUCAUUAAGAAGGAGAUCUGCCUUUGGGACCUGUUGUGUGUGGCAGUCUUCUAGGAAGCUACCAGUUUCUCCUCCUGAAGGAUUAAAUGUCAGAAGCAAUAGAAAUAACGUUCCCUUUGCCUCUUUGGAGAGUUUAGGGAGAAAGCUUCUUUAAAACCUCAAAACCAUGACUGUCCUGUCAAAGACCUAAGUCUGUAAGCCAGUGCCAUGUCCAUAUACCAUGUCGCUUUUCUCUCCAUUCGUCACAUCUUUUCCCAUAUGUGCGUACUCUGAGUAUCCCUGCCUAGGCCCAUCUUUGCCUCCAGGGCGUGCUCUGCACUGGGCCUAUUUUAUGAGAGAAAGCAGGCUGGCUCUGCCUUCUUGGUGGGACUAGAGUUGGGGAAACGUGAGAUGGAGUGGCACUUUUGAGUUGCCCGUUUUGCUCCAUAUCGGCAUCAGGGUGAUGAGGCAGAUGCAGAGAUGGAGAUAUGAGACUCCGUGCCAUGGUAAGGGAAGACAUAACAGAUGGAAGCAAAGGAAUCCUGCCUUCCUUCAGCAGAAAAAUUACCCAACCCUAGACUCUCAGGGUUCCCCCAGGUGGAGCCUAAGAUGGUGGCAAAGAGUGCCGAUGUGCUUGAAUAGGCUUGGAGGAGAGAGUUAGGAAUUCCCGUUUACGUAUACUAGUUUGGUUUGUAAGUUUUAGUUCUUUGUAUUAUUGAGAUUGAGAGUUUUUGUUUUUGUUGGUCAUUAGGUGAAUGUUACUCAUUUGUUCCCCAAGUGUGGGCGUGUGAACCAGUGGUGCUUGUAUUCUGUGAGUGUGUGCCCAUGUGUGUCUGUGAGAGAGAGAGAGAGAGACUGAGAACUUGCCCAAUAUUGGAAAUACACUAAUGAGUGGCUGUUGCCUUUUGUCUGUGUUAAAGGCCCAUUGAAUGGCUAAUCCAGGCUGGAAGCACUCCCACGUGGGAGUCUGAAUCCACGAGCCAUGCCCGAGGGGACAGUGUGAGUCCCCAGGUCUGCCACACUGGUGCAUCUUGCUGGCAUGGUGCCUCGGGAAUGUGGCGACUCAGGUGGGCCUUGGAUUAUAUUUUAACUCAACUGCAUAGUUCCCAGGGCACAUUUCUGGAUCAGAACCUGUGGGAAAGAGGAGGUACCAAGUGCAAUGUCUUAGCAUUCUGCAAAAUGGAGAUCUAGCUCCUUUUUAGUAACCAUUCUUUCUGAAUCCAGGGCCCUUGUCAGCAGUUCCCAGAGCAUAAUGGAGCCUUCUCUCAUCUUUUCUCAAGGUCAAACCCGGCUUCUUUCUGACUUACUAAGAAUUUGCCUAUUUGAAUAGGAACCAGAUGCUGAGAUAUGUAGCCUAAGGUGGUUAUCUGCAGGUUACAUUUGUCUCUCACAUAACAUUUCCUCAAAGCUAGUCUGAAUUCUGUAGGCUGAAAAUACUUAUUCUAGCAAAUCGGAGAACCGAAAGCUGCAGAUAACAAUACACCUUGAUUGAUGUCUCGGCUAUUCUGACGAAGGUUAGUUGAGUGGCACAGAACUUUUCUAAGAAGAAAGCUAAGUUUACAGGUGGGAUUAUUAAAACGAGUUUGCCUUGUACUCAGCUGUGUUUAUCUUCUGGUGGUCUGUGGGAACACAGUAAAAGGAAAGCUGCGUGGCAGGUGAAAUUGCCCCUCCCAAGCAGACUCUGGUGCUUUUCUUCUCUCAAAAUAGAUCAGAAAAAAAUCUGAAUCGAGCUGCCACCAGAAAGCUGCUGCUUUGGGUUCUGAAUUGAGCCAAAUGUGUAGAAGACCUCCAAGCCCACUGAAGGACCAGAUUUGCAUGUCUGCAGUCAUGCUAGAAUGUUUCUAGCCAUCUGAGAUCCUUCUUGCCAGCAGCAGCUAGUGAAGUCUAGAAGCAAGUCUAACAGGAUUUAAGAAGAUCCCAAGGAGGAGUUUGAGACAGUAUGUGCAAACCUCAUUAGAACCAUUUUGUGCUCCCACCAAUAAGAGUGUGUCUGGCUUCAUAUUUUAAAGUUACAUGUUCUCUCAGACCCCUGGAUUCAGAAUUCAAGGCCACAAAUCAUAGGCAUGAAGCACUUUCUUAAGACUCUGACCUAAGGCUGGAUUGUCCCCUGUCGAAUGCCUGCAUGCUGCUUGAAUUGCUGCAAACACCUCCACGACCAAGGGCAUCAGAGAGUUCUGCAGCUCAGGCGUGGGCCUCUCUUUGCUUUUUCCGUCUGACUCUCACAAGUUCUCCCUCACUGAAUGUAGCAUUGUUGCCAAGUUUCUGAGAAGUGUCGAUUCCCUGUUAAUGCAGGAUAUCAGUUCUGCCUCAUAUUUCCCACUUGAGGUCAAUGCUUAUUGCGAGCAUCACCUUGGACCAUCUGAACACCAUCAGUGGACAAAGCUGGGGCUAUUUAUAUACUCUAAAGCCAUAACAAAAUUGCUUAGAGGGAACUAGAUAAGAAUAGCGGGCCUGUCUAUUGUCUAUCAUGCAAGGCUUUGUCUUGCACUGUUCGGAAAUCUGCCACCUUUCUCCCCGCCCUUGUUUCUGGAAUGAAAUGCUUUGGAGGUUAUGAAAGGAGUGAUCCUGGGGCAGGCAGGGGCGGUGGUCUUUAUGGCUCCUUGGAGUUACUGUUGAUCAUGACCUUCUCUUUGGCUACCUUUAGACAAAAAAUAUGCCAAUUCCUAGGGCUCUAAGUUUUACAGUUGAUAUUUAUUUGUAUCAUCUCUUUGUCUAGGAAUGUAAAAGUGAUUCUAAACUAAGAUGUGUAAUAAAAGUCAAUCAGAUUUAUUGUACCUACAAAAAAGUGUCCUCAUAAAUGACUGAUGCUUUUGAAAACAAUAUGCCAAUGGCUGACACAUUGCCAGCUUCUUGAAACAUUUUAAUUUUUCUAGUGAAAGGAGGAUGGGAGUGGAAAAUGAAGGUGGAGUUGGAAUGCUGCAUUUAAUAAUAUGUAGCAACAAGGAAAAAAGAAAGUAAAAUGAAGAAAGGCUGAGUGACAAUUAGGUGUUUCUCAUGUUUUUCCAUGGAUGUUCCUGAGACAGAGGCCCAAGCAGCAGGCAUGAAACUGCUUUGAACUUGUGUGUUUUGUUUUAAAAAUUCCUUUAAAUUUUUUUUAUGUUCUACAUUUUAUUUUAUGUUCUACUUU